AUGAGGGUCUCAGCUCAGCAGGGACACUCCAGAGACAUGUAUCUGAACCAGAGCCGCCAUUGGCCGGCCUCCUCCAUCCCAGCGUCCCCUAUUGAUCAGAGUGUGUCCACAGCACAGAUUGGAGACUUGAUUGAGUUUGCGAACCCUUGGACAGGAUUGUCUCUUUGGGGCGUCUAUGUUGGAGAAGGCUAUGUUAUCCAUUUUGGAAUUGGAGACGAGAACACAACACAGAAAGUGUGUCGCAGCUUCAUUCAGCUGUUGAGUCCAAAGUCAAAGGCUGAUCGGAUUCUCAAGAAGGCCCGGAUCUGCACACAGCACAUCUCAGAGGUCAAAGUGCCGGCAGGGACUCGUAUCAGAGUCAACAACAACCACCUUCUGGAUCCGGCUCCACAAGAGGUGAUACAGCAGCGCUGCGAGACGUUUCUGCAUCAGGAGUUCUGCUAUGACAUGAUGAAAUUCAACAGUGAGCACUUCGCUACUUUUGUCCGAUAUGGCAAAGCUGUGUGCAACCAGAUUCCCUUCAAGAAAAAGAAUGAAGCGCAUGUGGACACAACUCAGACUCUGGAAAUGAUAAUGCAGCAGAGGACUGAGACAGAAACUUGA